AUAAGUCUAUUUGUUUUGAGUAGAAUGUAGUAAUAUUCUACUUCCAGAAACUUUGAAGGAAAAAUAUUAGAAUAAAAAUGCCUCCAACGAUCCAGCAAAGCGGUCAAAGUACCGCCAAUGGUGUGGAGAAAAGACCUGUAAAACCCGUGGAAAAAAGGUCAGAUUUAAUAUGUAAAGUUAAAUAUUGUAAUACGUUACCAGAUAUUCCGUUCGAUUUGAAGUUCAUAUCCUACCCUUUUGAAUCGAUAAGAUUCAUACAGUACAAUCCCACUUCUUUAGAACGCAAUUAUCGGUAUGAAGUGCUAACGGAACAUGAUUUAGGAGUAAGCAUCGAUCUAAUCAAUAAAGAUAUAUAUGCAAUUGAGCCAGGUGCAUAUUUAGAUCCAGCCGAUGAGAAGCUGUUAGAAGAAGACAUUUUGACGCCUCAGGACUCUAAAAGAUCUCGGCACCAUGCUAAAUCAGUAUCAUGGCUCCGCCGUACAGAAUAUAUUUCAACAGAACAAACCCGCUUUCAGCCCCAGACCAUGGACAAGGUUGAAGCCAAAGUUGGUUACAGCAUCAAGAAGUCUCUUAACAAUGAGACAUUGUAUAUGGAUCGUGAUUCACAAAUCAAAGCCAUUGAGAAGACGUUUGAAGAUUCUAAAAUACCUAUCGAGAAACAUUAUAGUAAGCCGAAUGUGGUACCUGUUGAUAUUCUUCCCGUGUAUCCUGACUUCAAUCUGUGGAAGUAUCCUUGUGCUCAAGUCAUCUUUGAUUCAGAUCCAGCUCCAGUUGGAAAGCAGGUGCCUGCCCAAAUUGAAGAAAUGUCACAGGCUAUGAUUCGGGGUGUCAUGGAUGAGAGUGGUGAACAGUUUGUUGCCUACUUUCUUCCUACGGAGGAAACCUUGCAGAAGCGAAGGGAAGAUUUUGCAAAUGAAAUACCCUAUCAAGAUGAUGAGGAGUAUGAAUAUAAAAUGGCUAGAGAAUACAAUUGGAAUGUCAAGAGUAAAGCAAGCAAAGGAUACGAAGAGAAUUACUUCUUUGUUGUUAGACAAGACGGUAUUUAUUAUAACGAAUUGGAAACUAGGGUAAGACUGAGUAAGAGGAGACAGAAGAUUGGCCAGGCACCCAGCAAUACAAGGCUCAUUGUUAAGCACAGACCAAUGGAUGCCAAUGAGUUUAGGAUGCAACGCUACAGAGAGAAACAACUUGAACCUCCGGGUGAAGAAGACGAAGAAAUGGAGGUAGAGGAAACACAGGAGGAGACUCAGGAAGAGACUCAGGAAGGGCAAGGCAAUGACAGUCAAGCAGAAUCUGAUCAGGAAAACCGAGAAAAAGCAGGAAGCGGAAAGGAAGAAGGUUCACGAGCCUCUUCGAGAUCUUCCAGGAAAUCAAAAUCCCGUUCAAGAUCCCGAUCCAAUUCAUCAGCAAAGUCACGUUCAAGAUCUAGAUCGAAAUCAGCUUCCAAAUCGAGGUCCCAAUCUAGAUCAAGGUCCAGGUCAAAAUCUAAGUCAAGGUCACGUUCUGUAUCUAGGUCUCGAUCAAGAUCAAAGUCUGGCUCAAAAUCUCCGUCGAGAUCUAGAUCCAGAUCUGGCUCAAAAUCUCCUUCUAGAUCUAGAUCUUCAUCUAAAGCAUCGUCAAGAUCUAGAUCAAAGUCUAGGAGUAGAUCUGGUUCUCGUUCGAGAUCUAAUUCCAAAUCUCCUUCAAGAUCUAGAUCGGGUUCUAGAUCUGGAUCUGACAGUGAGUGAAGUUGAAAAUAUCAAGAGCUGUUACAGGUGUAUGAUGAAAUUUGGAUUACUUUUGAGGCUCCCUGUGAAAUGCGGUCACAAUUUGAUGAUAGUCAAUAUCAAAUUGAAGGAUCUGAGUAAUUAUUGAGUAUUUUAUUAUGAAAUUAAACUCGGUUAUUAUUUUUAGAUUUGAUGAUGUUAAUAAAUAUUAUUAUUAUUAUUAUUAUGCAAAGCAUUCAGUUUAUUGAGCCUUAGUUUCACUUUAUUUUUAAAAUUAUGAGUGUUUUUGACAUUAGAUUUGUAUUCAAAU